UUGGCUGGAAGGCAUAGGUGGGUUGAAUAUGCAGAGAAGACUAGAUAUAAUGCCUCCCAAGUUCCACCAGAAUGGCAUGGUUGGCUCCACUUCAUAAUUGAUCUCACAGGAGGUGAGCUUCUUUUACUGAAACCAAAAAGGUAUGGUGCUGAACACAAAGAAAAUUGGUCAGGAGAAGUUAAACAGGAUCCACAGGUUGAAGGAGAAAUUGGGCUGAUAUUCACGAAGACAAUGAUAUUUUGUAGCAACGGCUACAUAAUAUUGUUAGACAAUGACAAGAACUACUGUAAAAUGGAGAUUGAACUAAAGGCUCAAAUGAUUGUUAGAAUUGAAAUCAUGGAAAUGUGA